AUGGGUCUUCUACUCGACUUACCCAAUGAACUCCUUCUCUGCAUAUCAACAUACCUUGAAGAGUCGGGGAUAGGCUCUCUCUUAAGAACGAACCGCCGGCUCCGGGAACUCUUAACGUCAGAGCUGAAUCAGCAUGCAACUCAAAUUUGUCGCAACGUUUAUCGUCGAGGAAACCUCAAAAUCCGCUGCACACUUCACUGGGCUGCCUGGAGGGGUCAUGAAGCACUGUUCCAGCUACUCCUCGACAAAGAUGUCAGCAUCGAAUGUCCGGCCGACGCCCAUCACUGCCAUAGUCAAGAAACGGUCCUCCACUUUGCCGCUUUCCAGGGCAGUGAAACUAUCGUGAAGCUCCUGUUGGAUAAGGGAGCCAACAUCAACCAGACAGACGAAACCGGGACAACAGCACUGCACUUUGCUGCCAUGAGAGGGAAUGAGGAAGUUGUCCGCUUGCUCCUGGAGAACGGAGCGGAAGUAACAGCAGUGGAUGGGGCGGGAUUGUCGAUCAUGAGCAAGGCCUUGAAAAGCUACGACCAUCACCGGACAAAGAGGAAUUUAAAUGUUUUUAAGCUUCUGCUUGAGAAUAAGGCGGAUAUCGACGCGAGGGAUAAGGAAGGUGCGACUGCAUUGCACCUUGCAGUCAAGCAUAUGGAUUUGGAGAUCUUGGAUAUCUUACUAGAGUCAGGUGCGAACCCGUACAUCAAAUCGAAAGAUGGAGAGACAGCACUCGACUGGGCAUUGAUCCAGACAUUUGAUAAGAUACCCGAGGAGAGACUCGAGAAAGCAUACCAUGUGGUUAGGUUUCUACAAGAGAAGAGGUUAAUUCCGACUUUGGGAGGAAAGUUCUACGAUGUGAGGAGACCCAGGGGGAAACGCGAGUAUUGGAAACUGGCAUGCGGAAGCGGCAUCAAGAAUCAAGCCAAAUCAAUAAUCAAAACUUGGACUUUUCAAGCCUGUCCAACCGAAGCAGCGGGGAGAUAUUAUAGGCAGCAGAAGAUCAAAGCGAAUCGUGCUUUCAGAGGCACUACUAUCAACUAUUAUAAUUACAACCUAUAA